AUGCAGUACAAAUCACUCGUCGCUCUCGCUCUUCUGGCCUUUAACGCAAGUGUGCAGGGUGCUGCCCUUCCUGUCGCUCAAGACGUGGAGCGGUACACCCCGCCCAAGCCUCCGCAUCCCGAGCCACCCAAGCCGACAUAUUACCCCCCACCUCAGCCAUCUCAUUAUCCUCCUCAUCCUCCACCCAAGCCAAGUCAUCAUCCUCCCCAUCCACCGAAACCAACUCACUAUCCUCCUCAUCCACCCAAGCCAACUCACUAUCCUCCUCCCCAUCCACCCAAGCCGACCCCUCCUAAGCCGACGCACUAUCCUCCUCACCCACCCAAGCCGACGUACGCUCCACCUAAGCCGACUUACACGCCGCCCAAACCGACCUAUCCGCCUCCCAAGCCAACCUACUACCCUCUCCCCAAGCCCACCAAAUAUUAAGCGAUUCCCUCGCAACCCCGUUGAUUCACCUUUCGACUAAUCUAUUUCCUAUUUCGCUUAUCCCUUUCCGUCAUUUUGCCAAACUUCGUCUUCGUUCGUCUUACUAUUUUCUGACUCAUUUUUGCUCGAAUUUCGAAUCGUUUGCGCGCAGUACUAUGUGCGAUGGUUGCGAUACAUGUAGUAGCAGCAAGUUUCAAGGUCCUACCCAGGCGGUAACACGGUGAAAUGAACAUG